AUUGUAAAAAAUCAGUUAAAAGUCCUGAUUUAUUGUAUUCAAUUUGAUAAUUUAUAGUUACAAAUUGUAAAAUUAUCACUUAGUAAUAUUAUCAUUGGGUAAUAUUGGGUUUAUCUUCAAUAAAAUCUUAUUACAGAUCUUGCACGAGUGCAACACGCUAAAAAGCAAAAUGUAAAAUAUGUACUGACUGUAGAUAAGAUAAAACCGAAGUUUUAAGUAAACGAGUACUUUUAUUGACUAAAUAAUACUAAACUGCUACUUAUGUAGUAGAGUAUAGUAACGUAAGCGUGAUAAGCGUAAUAUUUAAAUAUUGUUGCUGGGUGAACUUUGAUCGUGAAUUUUAAACAUUGAAGGAUUACUCAGCGCACGAAAAUGUUGAAAGGUCUGGUUGGGUUGGUUACUGGUGGAGCGUCAGGUUUGGGUCGAGCAACUGCAGAACAACUGUUGAAGCAAGGUGGAAGUGUCCUCAUUUGUGACCUCCCUACCAGCAAGGGUUCAGAGGUUGCCAAAGAGCUUGGAAAAAAUGUUGCUUUUGCACCAGUUGACGUGACUGCAGAAGGAGAUGUGAGGAGUGCACUACAAACCACAGUUGACAAGUUUGGUCGCCUGGAUGUGGUUGUCAAUUGUGCUGGAAUAGCUACUGCGACUAGGACAUAUAAUUUUAAGAAAAAUCAACCUUUUGAUCUUAAAUCUUUUCAAAAGACAAUUGAGGUGAAUUUGAUAGGUACGUUCAAUGUGAUCCGCCUAGCAGCAGGUCUGAUUGGGAAAAACACUGCUGAUGCAGACGGGCAGCGUGGUGUAAUUAUCAAUACUGCCAGCAUUGCCGCUUUUGAUGGACAGAUUGGGCAAGCUGCUUAUUCUGCAUCAAAAGCAGGAAUUGUAGGGAUGACAUUACCAAUUGCCAGGGAUUUAUCGAAGCAAGGCAUAAGGGUUGUUACUAUUGCUCCAGGUUUGUUUCGAACACCAUUGAUGGAACUUUUACCUGAAACAGCGAUUCGGGACCUGGAAGCAGCAGUACCGUUCCCACCUCGCCUCGGCCACCCCCACGAGUUUGCAUUAUUGGUGCAAAGCAUUAUACAGAACCCAAUGAUCAAUGGAGAAACAAUACGUAUUGACGGCUCUUUGAGAAUGCAGCCUUAAUAUACUAGCCGACGCGCCGCGGUUUCACCCGUGUAGUUCCCGUUCCCGUGUGAAUACGGGAAUAAAAUUUAGCCUAUGACACUCACAAAUAACAUGGCCUUCUAGUUAUAAUAGAAUUUUCAAAAUUGGUUCGGCAGUUCGAAAUAUUACCACAAACAUUAACCUCUUUUUUAAUAUUAGUUUAGAUAAAUAAAAAGCAAUCGAUGUAUAUAGAAGAGUCAUUAAAUUUGCUAAAACUGU